CGCUGCCGCAUUCUGGCACUGAUCUCGAACAACAUUUCCCAGGCCAUUCAGUUAGAUACAGCUGAACACCUGCGUCUCUCCCGCAAUACUCAUAUGAGAGCUUACAUGGAUGUCUGAGUUUCCCGAGUUUCCUUUGCCUUUCGGAAACUUCAAUCAGCAAGACCCCAACGUCAAAUUCUGGACCUUCGUUGUCUACACAUGGGUCGUUGCGAUCAUCUCGCUCUUCUACUUCUUCUAUUUGAGCCGUGCCGUCGGGCAAAUAGCGGGGAAGCUUCUCUGUAUAUAUACAUGGCGGAAAUAUAAAGCCUAUGUGGAGAUAGAGUCAUUGCAGUUUUCGCCACUUAGCGGGAAGCUGCUAUUCAGGAAUCUACGCUAUUAUUCUCGCAACCAAUCCAUACAUAUUCUGCGCGGAUAUGUGACGUUCCGAUGGUGGCUGGCUCGAGUGCGCAGAGAAGGGGACGCGGCAGAGUUUUCCACCCAUGAGCUCCCCUCAAGGUUCAUGGUCCGCUUGGAUGGUCUGGAGUGGUUCAUCUACAAUCGUACCCCUGCCUAUCAACAUCUUCAGACUGUUUUGGAAAGGACGGCGGGGGUAUCUGGAAAUGGAAGCCCGCCAGCCCAUUCCCCGGAGAAUGUCACAGUUCGUAUGUCGGACGAGCUACCAUGUGCGCAAGAAAAGGACAUGGGAUUUCGAUGGUUCUUCCCUAUUGACAUCGUUUCGUCCACGGGGGCGAUCACCAUGGGCUUACCGGAUCUUCCGACGAUCCUUGUCAUGCACUACAAAGAAGCGUCCGGAAACUAUGAAAUUGUGAAAUCUCGCUCUGUGUAUGACUAUUACAGGACGGAUCUCAAUCUGUCGCUCAAGAAAGUUAAGCUCACAAUGGGGCCAAAUGUGGAUUAUCGGGAACCGGUAUUAAACCAUGCGGCCCGGACGCGUGCCCGAAACGUAAGGAAGCCGUGGUAUCGCAAACUCUCAGCUUUCCUCAGAGGAGGCAUCAUUUUUGGAGACGUACAAGAGGCAGACAUCCCAUUGCAAGAAGCUGAGCAGCACUGGGCGGGACUCUCUCGAUAUAAGAUUGUCAAUGUCCCGUUGCUCAAACGAAGGCGGUUUGAAGAGUACGCGCAGGUGAACAAGGUUCUCGAAUGCGGGAGGCUUGACAUCCGUUACUAUGCGGACGUGGCAGGCCCGGCGCCAUCGAUCGCUGUACCCAAGGUGCAGACAAGCAUGGAUGCCCUGAAUGCGAGCGAAGACUUCGAUGUGGGAAAUGGGGAUUUACCACCAGAAUGGGGGGCAGAUGUGACUAUCUUAGAUGGGACUAUUCAUUAUGGUCCGUGGGCAGACCGGCAGAGAGGGAUGAUACAAUCGUUCUUCUUCCCUACGGCGUAUCGAAACGCAAUCAAGACCGAAAGCCUACGACCUGGCGAAACUCGUCUGUUCGUAGCGCUGAAGAUCCUUCUCAAGUUUGCUGGCAAGACGACUUUGCGGAUACCGUUCCGGGAAGCAUCCAAGGAUUGGAAAUUUUACGACGACGCGCUCGCCGACGACGAGAACACAAACAUGAAAAGAGGGACGGCUGGCCGCCCCUAUGCAUGGAUAGAUCUGAAGCUGGCAAGCAGAUCAACCGUUGAUGUAGUGGUACCGUUCGUGCAGAGCGAGAAAGGAUACGCGAUGUCGGUGACAGCCGUGUUGAGCGAGCUUACGAUCACUUCGAGCCUGAACUAUAGUCCUCUCCUGGUUGCAAAUCAUUUGAAGUUGGAAAUCCAUAUGCACAACCCCCUUCAAUGGAAUGCCCCGCGACCAUGGAACGUUGGAAUCACCGUGAAUUCGUCGCGUGUGUUUCUACUACGGGAUCACGUCACGCUCCUCAUGGAUCUCAGCAAGGAUUGGUCGUCCGGCCCUCCCACUCCGCAGACGUAUUUUGUACCGAUUGAGUACAAGAUCAAGACAGUAUUCAAUGAUUUCGAGUUGCUUCUCUGUACCAAUCAGCACAAUAUCAUCAAUCAGCCGAACGAUCUCAAUGAUAAUACGUAUAUCAUUAUCAACGGAUCUCGAAUGAGGCUGGAUGUCACUAUGCCCUUUUUACAAUUUGAAGCUGAGAGCACUGCGGUGGAUUUUCAAAUCGAGGCACGGAAGCUUCGCCUCCGGAUGAGCUUCCCGCAGUCGCACACGAUCGGCGCAUUUUUGGCCGAGAAAGAUCGCGAGAUUGGGGUGGUUGGCCAAUUCGGGAUCGAUGGAAAUUACCUUUACCAUCGAGCCUUCGACCCACGUAGCGUCGACAGCUUGAUCAUGAACAUUGAGACGUCCGGCGUUCAGGCCACGAUGUUCGGGUUUUUGAUAUCUCAUGUUCUCUUCUUGAAGGAAAACUACAUGGGGGAUCACAAUAGCUUCAUCACUUCGGAUGAAUAUCGAAGCCGACUUGCAGAUCCCAUCAAAACUGAGACGAACUCCCUGAAACAGGAGGCUGCACGGGAGAAAUCGAAUCUUUUUGAAGCACACAUCGUGGGUCGUUUCCGUGAGCUUGUUGCGAUAUUGCCAGCAAAUCUGUACUGCAUCGACAAUGUCACGAUAAUGAAGAUCGCUGAAAUUCAGGUCGAAAACCGGAAUACCACCCACUACAAUGAUCUCCAAGUUACGUUUCGCCCGGUCCAAGUGCUACGCGGAGUUGCUAAGGACGGUGACUAUCAUCCCUACCCGGACAGCACGCGCAACGCCCUUCAUAUCCAAGACAUAACCAUCCGAGGGCAUCGCCUGUUCGGCCUUCCUCCAAAGGCGCUGGUUUAUGCUGUCGACUGGCGGAUCAGUUGCGGAGAUAUCGCAGGAGAUUUGCAACCCACGGCUCUGAGCGCUCUGCAAUCGUCUCUGAAGUCGUUUGUGUUCCAUUAUGCGGAUGUGGAUAACAGUCUCGCAGGAUCGGUCGCUUUACCUGACGUAACCACAAUACUUGUGACGGUAGGCAGCGUCCAAGUUUCUGUGAUCGGUCCAGGCUCAGUCUCCACUCUUGCGCUGCCGAAGGGUUUGCGAUUGCAAUACGACAACUACGCCUGCCAAACCUGGGUCGGCCGCACGUUCAUAGAAGUCCCGGCUAUCGCGUUACGGUGCUUGGCCAAUACGAGUGAUCAGGAUAGUCUAGGCACUGCAGCGGACGGAGGCGUGUGGGUGGAAGUGUUCAAGCUGACAACGGCAAUGUCCAUGUGCAACUACGAUCAGAUUCCUGACUGGGAGGAUCUACAGAAGUUGCAAAUGGCAUUUGUCAAGAGUCAGGAUGAGCCGACAAAACGUUGCACAUUUUUAUACGAGAACCCUGAGGUACACCAACGAGGGGCAACGAGGCGACAAGCGAAUCGGACCAAUGAGCCGGACAAAUGGCUGCCAUUCCUUCCCAAGUUCAACCCCCCAUUUCAACUGUCACACCGUCAUAAACCUCGUGAUGAAACACAUUUUCGCUUUCCAGCGGACGGACAUUUGCAGGAGGAAGUGAGCUCGUACAUCAACCAGGAUGCUGAAUCCACGUCAUCGGAGAGUUCAGGGAGUGAUGAAGACCCUGAUGAAUGGGAAUCCUUAGGAAACGAAUCAAUUGCUGCGGAGCAGGGCGGUUCAUUCGCUGACUUACCGCCGCCGAGGUCAAUCCCGUAUCGAACGUACCUCAAGCAGUUCAGGAUUGACAGAGGCAACAAGCGCAGCCCUAUGUCCUUUUCUGGGACUGAGCGGCCUGCAUUUACUGGGUUCACGCAGAUCGGCAUAUCGGAAACCAGAGAAGACGAGCAUGGAAAUGUAUUUGAAGAAAAAGCAUUCCACCGGUCAUUGAGAAAGUAUCGGGAUGAUUCAACGGAUAUCCCUCGUCAUCAAGGAACCGACGGAAAAAGAAGCGACAUGACCGUUGACUUGUGCGAGGCCGUGCGAAUCACUGUCACUCCAAUAGCGCUUCGAAUUGUUCAAGAAGCAUUGGAAGCCGUCAAAGAUCAGACCGUCACUUCGGAGACGGUACUGGACAGGAUAACCUUGGAGCAUACAAGCUAUUUGAUGCGGCAGUUCCCGUAUCUGCUCGCCUCCACUGCGGUGUUCGUGUCAACUCCAAGUGUGCACAUACAUUGUGUGCAGGACAUGUUACUACCGGAUGCCACCUCUUUCGUGGCUCAGAGUCACACUGCACGCUACGAACUGUCGGAUGAGUUGCUUUGCUCAUUUGACUUCGUCGUGUCUGGCCUCACCGCAACCAUGGCACAAACGGUGGACUAUUCGCCGCCUCAAAGUCAUGAUGGGCGGCUUGCUCGAUUCAAGUUUGCGGUCAACGUAGAUCGGUGCACUACCCGGCUCUACUUCGUAGGAAAUAUGAAUGUGAAUGGUGUCGUUGGCAUCCCCAAGCAGAAGCAACUCAACAAAAGCCUUCCGAACGAUUCUCUGGAAGGCGUGCCGGUCGCCCUGGACCUUCUGGCUGAAAAGAUACAGUGGAGUGGACGAAUGGAGCGCGGACGUACGGGCGCGACAUUUGACGACGGAAUGUCGUUGGAACUCAACACCAAGGAGUUGUCGGUCGUCUCGAUCAACGAGACAAUCGAGAUCAUGUUCGGAGUCUUGUACAAGUGGGUGACAUUUGGGAUAGACAUCGGCAAAAUCCAUGGUGCCUUCUCGUUGCGUAGGCGAAGAGAUCUGCAGAAUCUGCUGGUCCAGAUCGCUGGGAAGGCUCACAGUCACGCCGUGGAUGAAGACCCGCUAUUCCUCACCCAACCGUCGUCAAUUUGGGUGCUUGGUAGCCGAAAGCAUCAGGAAGAUAGAGGUUGGAAGCUAUUAUGUCACAUGCGAUACUCUCUGCGGUCCCUGCCGCCCCAAAUACGGGCUGGAGUGGAGUCUAUACUCAACGCCAGGAACGAUCAAACUAUGGAUUCCAAGUUACUGUUCGUCACCGUUUCGAAGCAUCUUACCUCCUGGAGGCGGUGGGAGGGGACUGAUGUAUCCUCUGUCCCCCUGCUGCGAAAGCUUUACGGAAUGAAACCAAUGCCAUCGCUCCAAGCUCAGAACCUCGCAGAGGUUACUCUAUCGAGGCUCAUUUGGAAUGUCAAGGGAAUUGUUGACGUAUCUAGACUCAACGUGACCAUCUUUGAAUAUCAAAUGGAGGACACAUCCAUCGUCGUGGGACCCAUUCUGAUCUCGGCGCAGACGCUGGAAGGUAGCAACCCGCAGGAAAUGACAGCGAUCACACCAGGACAACCUGCCCCUUCGAGCGCUAUUCUGGACAUCCGCUAUAGGGCAAAAAUUGGCCGACUGGAUUGCAUCGUCAAUCCAAAUCUAUUUGGUUUUGUCCGACACUUUCUCAGGGUUCACCGGUGGUUUCAGUCCCGACUGGAAUCGCUCGUUCCGCCAAUAAAGCCGAAUUUUGGAAGUUCCAGUGAAUCACUUCCAUCCGGGGACUCUUUGUUCUCACAUGUGCAGCAGUUUGUGAUUUUCGGUACCCUUCUGAUCAACAAGAUUUCUCUCACCGCCGCGGCACAUAAUCUUGUGGCAAAAGCUUCACUGCGUAGCUUUCAAUUAUCUACCCUUCACAUCACCCCGGGAUCCGGACAGAACGCUGUCACAGAAAUGAGGGCAUUCCCCUUGCCACGACAUGGUACAGGAAGCCUUCCGGAUGGACCUCUGGAGGUUACACAUAGCUCUCUGGGAAGCAUUUCAACGGUAGACAUCACGAUGUCCGAGAAACAGAGUCGUGGCGCAUCCGCUGCGAAUGCAAGCACUUUGAUUUCGAUCGGAUCAGAAGAUAUCGGAGGCAUGUUCACAAGGAAUUCUUCGAACAAGGACAUCCUCAUGAGCAACACAGGCGAGGAACCCGACCAGACAUCUGCAACAAUCAACAUUCGUCAUAUCCGCGUUGAUCUCCCUCGAAGCUUAUUGAAACUGCACGCGUUCAUCGAGAAAUGGAGUGAUGAAGAUUUGCCUCGUUACGAUUUCUUAUUCAACAGCCUAAUAAAGGAACGAGUGACGGCAUCCGAUUCUCGCAUAGGGCAACUCCCAAAAGCGCCUUCCACGUCAGUUAUCCCCGAUAAACAUGGUUCUCCGAAACCCUCCGUCAUGAGGAUCAGUUUCCUAUUGCAGCACCUUUCCGUACAGUCGGACCUUCUUGCGUCUCUCAAUUUCAUUUACGAGGGGCACCGCUUGUUCGUCAGCGUUGCCCAAAGCUCACGCCUCAGCAUGAUCGAUCCCCGUUUAGCAUUCUCCGCAAGACCUUGGAUGGACUGGGAGGCUGGCAUCGGUGCGCACACGGCCAAUUUCGUAAGUAAGCCGCUAGAUGGGCUGGAUGAUACAGGAGGCGCAUCCAACAGCCCCCAACAGGCCACAGCUUUUGCUCUACCGGCAUUGAGAUCGGUUGGUCUCAUAAGACACAUGGCACUCACAAGUGGAAUCAGCAUGCCAAGGGAACAGCAGAGUCGCAACAGUAUUGCCAUCAUCGGAGAUUCGAUGCAGAUAGAGGCAUCCGUAGAACUGGAUUGCAUACAGGCGUCUGUCAACGUCAAUCUUAUCGAUCAGCUGAUCACUACUCAGAGCGUCCUCGGUGGAGAGCUGAAUGACAUCCUCGAUAUUAUCGCAUUCUAUGCAAGGAAGCGGAAGCGGAAGCGGAAGCAGCACUCGUUGAAGAAAAACGUUUCCGAAACGAGCAUCGGAAGGACCAAGUAUUACUAUGCAUUGAGGUUCCGAAUACAAGGGUUGCGGGUCUCGGCUCAUAGUCCGAAUUCCGUUGUGAUGUUGGAAUCGGAUGAUAUUAGUGGGUUCGCGAUGAACUUCGCCCAGAAGGAGUUGUCGAAAGAGAUCCCGGAGACUGUGUCAUUCACUAACCCCGACAAAGUCUUCUGGAGAUUGUCCUUGCGAGGUUUCUCGUUUGCCCUGCUGCGAAACGGAUCGGAAUGGCAGACCUGGACGUCGGGCGGCAGCCGAAUCAAGUUCCAACCGCAAGUCUACAUAGUAACAAGUGUGACAACCCAGAACUUCAUUCCGAAAGACUCAAUCCCCUCGGAAAUCGUCGAACUGGAAUCCGAGGCGAAGAUACUUUGUGUGCGGGUGCAACAUCUUCACGCUGUCUUUCAAACCACAGCCGUGACUGCAGUCACCGAUGUCGUUCAAUACUACAGACGGGAACUAGAGAAAGGAAGCCAUCGAAACGCAAAAGAACUCGCCAAAGCGAAAGAGAACACUGAGAGGCUCAUCAAAGGGAUGAAGAUGCCGUUACCUCAGAAGCAUAAAAAGGAAUCAUUCCUGAAGGAAAGGGUAAUCCAAAUACAAGUGCGCAAUGUAGGGGCUGCGCUUCCACUACGACCAAGUGGCCAGUCGCCUGGAGGCAAUCAAUCGACUGCUGCGCGCGUCCUCAGCACUCGCCGAAGUACGGUCUCAAGUGGAAGCACCGACGGCUCCCCUGCCCUUCUAGUUUCGGCGAGCAUGAUCCAUCUCGAUUCGAAGCAAUUGAGAUCGGCAUCGGGAAAAAUCAGCGAUCUUUGCUUCCAGUUCGUACCGGUUCUCGAUGUCAGCAACGAGCGACAUUUCUCACCCGCCGCCCAUCCCACCGCCAAUCGAAUACUUCUCAAGCAGACCAGUGCCGAGAUAAUUCGUCGGAAGGAAAAUGGCAAGAGCCAUAUUCAGAUUAUUUCGGGGAUUAAAGGGUUCGAGUUGGAAGUGGAUUCCGGCAUCACCGAGUACGCAAAUCAGCUAAACGUCGUAUACAUGAGUGAACGAGGAAAAGUAGUGUCGUUCAUGCCAGAUGCUUCAACUUCGGCACAACAGAACGUAUCUGGAAACGGAGAAAUGAAUUCUGAACCGGGUCUUUCUACGCCCAAUGCCACAACUGAUCUUCCAGUAAAUUCCGACGCCGAGCUCGAGGACGGUGUAUUCAGCGACAUUGCCACCGUUGUGGACUUUGAUGCCCGGUUUGACUUCGAAACUGGGACGUGCAAGAUUUGGUCUGCGAGGCACCGUGGGAAAACGUCCUCAACCGCAUCGCCACCAGUAUCCACUAGUCACCUAUCAUCUGGCGGAGGAAGCCAACGGACAGGAGAAGCAGGAUCGGCCGAAGACCCGUGCAUUCAUCUCCUCGCCUUGCCGGGAAUUACACUGUCUACAAUUGGGAACACCAUCAAGCGCGAUUUUGAUCCGCAGGACGAGAUGGCUAGUCCAUCGAAAAAAAUCCACAUCGAGUUGAUCAUCCACGCGAGCAAAAAUGUUCUGCAUCCGGAGAUCCUUCAGUUCAUCCGAGAGAUAACAACGAAUCUCAAGGUUGGCCGGAUGUUGAAGCACGAAGAGCGAAUAGCAACUGGCAUGGAAAGCAGUACCUCCAUUGUCGCUGGUCCGACGAAUAUGGAAGCACAGCCGAAUGCAAUGCUGGCCUCGUAUCAACGACACUCGGUCACCUUCAACCUUUGCCUUUCGCAUACGAGAAUCAGCUUGACGUGUCAGCCGACGUCAAAGGUGAGCUUCAACUUCAACCUGGAUGAAGCCGACUUCAUAUUCUCGUUCAUACCCAAGGCCGAACGUCCCGACAAAACGCAGUACCUGAGCUGCACCGGAAAUGUUUUGGGGGCAUCUGGCGCACUACGGCACGUCUUCUCACCCGAGGACUGCUUGAAUGCAGAGAUCGCUCGCGUGACGUUCAACAUUACAACAAUGGAGCGCAAGCUGAAUCGCAUCUACACACUCGAAAUCGGAGUUCCUUCCCUGAUGGGCAGCCUAAACGCCAGACAUCUGCAGGACUUUUUCCUGUUCAAGCGAAUGUGGGUAGAUUCGUGGAAUUUCUUCCCUCGGUCGGCUUCUACCGUUAGGAAGUCCUUCGGUGGCUUGAACAAUGUCGAACGAAGAACGUACGGAUCCUCCCUCCUCUCCCUCGUCGGCGAGAAUGGCGCGUCACUUUUCGAUACGAUCAACGUAGCGGCGAGGCUCAAUCAGAUCGAGUUUGCCAUGGAUUUUGGACAAGCUAUUGGCAAAGGGAGCCUCACUCUAGAUAAUCUGGUCGUCAUGGGAAGCGGGAUGCGUUCGGCUCUGGGAUUCGAAGAGAAGGAAGUCUGCAUCAAUUUCGAGACCCUCAGUUUGAAGACGGAGGGCAAGUUUAGCGGAGCAACAACAGUGGCAGGCGCUCAAGCGUAUCUCGAUGCGCGAAAGCCUCCAGCGCCGAAGCGAGGUCAAGCCAAUUCGGUUACGGGUACUGAUAUGGUAUUGCACAUCGAGCACGUGUCGUCACAUCUUCACUAUCAGUACGAGAGGAUCCUCAUUUUAUACAUCGCACCCAUCCACGGAGGUUUCACGGACAAAUGGGUUGUGACCACAGACGAUCUGCAGCUUCACGUGAAUGCAGAUUUCGACGUUGCUGUCUUCAAAUGCAUCAUGUCGCGACGGACCAUUCCGACGAUCAUACAGCUAAUGUCUCGCAUCAGGACCUUAAUUGAAGAAAAGAGAGGUCCCGACCCAAGCGGCGUUUCAUCCGCAUCGCAUAGUAAGAAGGAAGCGUCCGCUUCCGGUCUUUCUGUGAUGCCUUCAUCCGGAACCCUCCUCUCCAAAGUCAAACAACCAGUGCCGGCAUCCAACCCAGACUUGCGCAGCUCGGGCGCUAAAGAUACGGCCGUACCCGGAAGAGACUUCCUCAACCGAUUCUGGAUGGGCGCGAGCACCCUCGGCCACAUCAACAUCGUCCUGGGCGAGGCUUUUAUCGUUCUCGCGCGAUACAACUUCCGCGACCCCGAUUUCGCCCAAAUCACAUCUAAGCGCUUCGAGAUCAUCUACGAUGGGUCUCGGGGCCCUUCCGGGCAGGCCGUGGAACGCACGGUCGUCCACACGGGCGGUAUCGCCGUGAAGAAAGGAACCGCCAAGUCGAUAUCGCAGGCCGAGGAGAGCAUGUGGACGACAUCGCAGUGGUUCGCUUUCAUGACAUCCGCCGCCGCCAAGAAUGUCUUUGGCGUGCGCGACACGGUCAUGACGUUAAAGAGCGAAAGCUUCUUCCAGCAGCCAAAAGUCGAGUACGGGUUCCGCACCGAUUUCAGUGGGCCGAUUGAUAUCGCGCUCAAUUUCGGGCUGUACAAGUACCUGCAGGAGUUGGUGCAGCUGUAUCAGAAGGCUGUGGCCGCGAGUUCCGACACGGGGAUCGAGGAGCCUACGAAAGGCGCGAAGGGUCGGCCCGGAAGCCCGUCGCCAACAAAUACCGUCAGUCCUGCUUCGCCAAGUCCGACACAUAACAAUGCCGACAAAGCUGCGAACACUCGUGAUGCGGGUUUGAGUCCGUUGAAACCCGAUGGUUCACCGGCCACCGCUGGAGCGGCUGAAGACACUGCUCGUCGAGCGGCAGAUAUAGCCUUUAUCUGCACGGGCGAAAGGGUCUUUGAGCCACAGCUCAAAGUCACGGGGGACGCGACGCCGUGGGAGUGGGUCGAAUGGCUCGGGGUGCAGAAGGAGCGAGUGCCACGGCUGGUAUAUGACCAUGUGACGGUGAACACGGCCAAAGCGGUCAAUGCUCUGGCGGACCUCCACUCGAAGCUUGCUAUGCCUAUUCAAGACCCGUCGGAAUCUGCUGAUAUUGGGGAUGAAGGAAGUGGAUCUGGAGGUGCCAUCUCGACGCAGCUCAUGCCAUCUGCCGAUUUGGAAGAUUAACAGAUGUAUACUUUGUUCGGAAUGUACAUAAUAUACACAUUACAAUCACUAGGUGGCG